AUGCUCACCCCGGGAUAUCGGCGACCAAUCAGGAUCAUCUGUGCCGUGCUGCUAGCACUCCCCCUGCUGGUGGCACAGGGGCAAGAGGCUGACCAUGGGUUGAGUCAGGUGCUCUUCUGUCAGCCCAACACAUCGGCCCCGGGGCUCCUGAAGAUGUUUGAUGAGGACCAAAUGUUCAGCUACAACUUCAGCAAUCGGACCUCCUCCGCCUGGCUUCAUGACUUUGACCAAUGGAGCGAUCAAGCCUUCCCUAGUGCAGCGAACAUUUCAGCUAAUUUGUUUCUUUGUAGCAACCUUCUUGAUGCUUUAACUGAAGGACUAAAAGACAUUAUGCCGGAUGCCAGAGGUGGUACUCAUACAAUGGUGUUCACAGCACAUCCCCUUCGAAUCGGGAAGCCCAACACAUUGAUCUGUUUCAUCAGUGACGUGUACCCCCCUGCACUGACCAUCACCUGGAGGAAGGACGGGCAAGUUUUGUCAAGAGAGCCAGUCUCCCCUGGAUACUUCGCCAUGUUUGAUGGGAGCUUCCAGGCCUUCUCUUACCUCAACAUCACCCCUUACUAUAAUGAUAGCUAUUCCUGUGCUGUGCAAGUGGCGGGUGAUAACAGGACUAUCGUCAAAUACUGGGUUCCGGACUACCCCGUUCCCUCCGAUGUACUGGAGAACACAUUGUGUGGGUUAGGUUUCGCUCUUGGUAUUGUCUUCCUCUUCCUGGGUUUCAUGUUCCUCUGUCUUUCGAAAAAACUUCAGGAGACG